AUGUUGUCAGCUCUGCGGCUGCUGGCUUUGCUUAGCUGCGGCGAAGUGUUUGUCAAUGGCCAUGAGGCCGUCUUUGUCCACAUGGAGAAAGUGGCAGCUGCUCACCGCCCAAGCUGCGGCAGAUUUCCUUGGUGCAACGUAUCGCUCCCACUCGAGGACCGUGUUGAUUUGCUCGUUAAGGAAAUCACAGCAGAGGAGAAGAUCGCACAACUUGGCAACGACCUCUUCGGUGGAGUGCCUGCCAUCGGACGAAUCGGACUUGACAAGUACAACUACAUCCGCGAAGCUGCGCAUGGUGUGCUUGCCCGAGGCGGCAAGCCUCCUGCCACCAGCUUCCCUCAAGUGGUUGCGAUGGCAGCAUCUUUCAACAGGAGUCUCUUUCGGGAGGUGGGGAAGGCCGUCGGACGUGAAGCUCGUUACAUGCAGGAUGUGGGUGUCAUGUGGGGCGACUACUUGGGUCGCUAUGGUGGCCUGCUGCUGCAGUUUAACGUGAACCUGUUCCGGGAUCCGCGUUGGGGUCGUGGUCAAGAGACCCCAGGAGAAAGCCCUGAGCUCAGUAGCGCCUUUGCAGAGGAAUACGUGCUUGGCAUCCAAAGCCCUAUCGAAGGCACUAGCACCCCACAAGCAGGUGCUUCCUGUAAGCAUUUUGCAGCCUACUCGUUUGAGGGAGGACCCACUUUGCUGAACAGGACCGAGUCUAUGAGACAAACUCUGCCCGGGCAGUCCAAUCUUAGCCGACACAACGAGAAUGCCAUUGUGUCACGCCGUGACUUCGCAGAAUCCUAUGCCAAGCCCUUCAAGGCAUGCGCAAAGGCCAAAGCCCUUGGAGUGAUGUGUGCCUACAACCAGGUGAACGGCGUCCCUUCCUGCGGAAGCAAGCGGCUUCUGCGUGGGCUCUUGCGGGAGAAGUGGGGCUUUGACGGUGUCGUCGUGACCGACUGUGACUCCAUUUCGGACAUGUACGCGCUGCAAGGCUUCAAGUCGACCCCUUCUGGAACAGUCCGAGCUGCACUGGCUGCUGGCACCAAUGUCGCUUGCAGCCCAGGUUUUUUCAAGAAGUAUGCCACUCCUGCGAUGAACCCAUUGCUGACACAAGCUUUGAAGGAUGCACUGCGGGUGCGAUUCCGCUUGGGUGAGUUUGACCCUCCGCCACCACUUCUCACCUGGCCGGUGGUGAGCCGUGGUCAUGCCGAAUUGGCGUUGGAUGCUGCAUUGCAAAGCACUGUCUUGCUGAAGAACGAUGGAAGGUUGCCGCUGCAACGCAAUUUGCGACUGGCAGUUUAUGGACCUUUGAGGAAUGCCACGCAAGAAUUGUUGGGCAACUACCAGGCUUGGCCAGUUGACGUGGUGACACCGCUCGACGGCUUGAGGAAGGUGGCCACUGUACUGACACCUGGCGACGACAUGGAACUCUGUGGCACAGCGCCCGCGCCCUCUAGACCUGAUGCUGAUGCUGUGAUCAUCGUCGCUGGCCUCACGGGCGAUGACCCAAAGGUACAAGAUCCUGACCUUCGGCCCAAGGAUUCGAAGCUUUGCAAAGGAGGCUGCUUGGAGGGAGAAGGUUGCGAUCGACCAAACAUCACCCUUCCCAAGGGACAGGAAGAGUUGGUUCGCACUGCAGCUUCCUGGAAUUUGCCAGUGGUCCUGGUGUUGAUUAGUGGCGGCGCUCUGGACAUCUCGAGUGUGAAGGACCUUCCCAAUUUGGCAGGAAUCAUGUGGAUGGGCUAUCCAGGACAGCUUGGAGGCUUGGCCUUGGGGCAGCUCUUGGUGGGUGAUGUGUCGCCCAGUGGACGGCUCUCCCAGACCUUCUACCGCAACCAGUACCUGGAGCACGUGCCCAUGAACGACUAUAGCUUCCCCGCGCGCGCAGGCUACCCGGGAAGAGGCUACAGAUUUGUGCAGGACGAAUGGGUUCUGUAUCCUUUCGGCUUUGGUCUGUCUUACGAUACCUUCUCGUAUUCUUGGGAGCAGCUGAACCACCCUAUGGACGUGGUUGAGGCAGAGGAUGAGGAUGAGGGUCUCCGCGGCUGUCGGCUGCAACUGCAAGUUACAUCUGCUGGCAAAAGCGACGUCUCUGUGUUGUUCUUCCUCCGCCCACCGUCCGGUCAUUCUGGUGCCCUGCAAAAGCGCCUGGUUCAUUUCGAGCGAUUGAAUGCUGCAAGGUCGCAUUCGGUGCCUGUGACCUUCCGCCCCCGGGACUUCGCCUUGUACCUGGACGGGAACGAUGCCCGCGAUGCGAGCGAUGCGAGCGAUGCAGAUGAGCCCAGGCCACAACUGGUCACCGGGACAUGGACCGUGGAAGUGAACCAGCCUGCUGAUUUGAGUCAUGAGAUCGUUGUGACAGAGCAAGGCUGCUCAGUGGGCAUGAUUCCUGCAAUGGCAGGACCUGUCGCAAUGUGUGAAGCUUGCAUGAGUUUGGAGGCAAUGUCCUUGAAUUUGUCCACAGGGCUCGAAUGGCUCCAAUCAGAAGGACUCGUCAGAGAGGCGUCGCAGCAGGAUGGCUGGACCACCUUUGCUCGUUUCUCUGGCGCUUUGUGGGAAACCUUUGUGGAUGUGGCCACAUCGCGAAGUCCCCGCGAGCGCAAGGGGUGGGAAUACCGAAAGGGAAUCGAAGGAAUGUCCAUGGGCAGCAUGGCCUACGAGAUGCUCACAGUGUCUGAAGAUACCAAAGACUUCCAGGAACUGCAAAAGGAAUACGAAGCUGGAUAUGGCGUUCCAUUCCUGAACCUUUCUGCCCGGAAGCUCACUGCCAUGACCAGAGAUAUGAGCAAAGCUGUGGGUCUGGAUGGGCCGUGGCUGACCUUCAUCAACGUUCUGCAAACUGCUGGUGUGAGCGGCGGUUUCAUUGAUGGCAUCCCAGUGCAGAACAAGUGGAUCAACAUCGUGCAAGACAACAUGAAGCACUUCGCAUCAGAAGACCCAGAGCAAGGACAACGACAUGCCACUGACCUUCUGCAGAACAUGAUCAUGGGACGCAUGGAAAGGAUUACAGGCGCACCAAUGCCAGUCUUCUUGGAGGGCUAUGGCGAGAGUGAGGGCAUCUACAAGAUUGUCAUUGGCCCACGCUCUGUCGUGGUGGUGUCGGAUCCUGUGAUCAUCAAGCGCAUCCUCACCAGCCAGCCGGAACUCUACACCAAAGGCAUUCUGACCGAAGUUCUGGAGCCCAUCAUGGGUCAAGGCCUGAUACCUGCGAGUCCGGAGACAUGGAGGAAACGAAGGAGGGCCAUAGUGCCAGGCUUCCACAAGAAAUGGCUUCAGGCCACCACUGACGUGAUGGUCGAAUGCGCGGUCAAUCUCGCUGAUGAUCUGGAGAGGACCAUCUCCCUCUCAUCUACCACCGCCGAGGUGAACAUGGAAGAGAAGUUCACGUCUGCAUCUCUGGACAUUAUUGGCAAGGCCAUCUUUGACUAUGACUUCGGAUCCACCACGCGUGAGUCACCGCUCAUCCGUGCGGUGUACAACUUGCUGCGGGAGGCCGAACGACGUGCGCAAUCCGUCUUACCAUAUUGGAACCUGCCUGGUGCAUCUGAAUUCUUCCGCGAUCAGAAGGAUCAUUCAGAUAAUUUGACUUUGGUGAAUGCUGUCUUGGACGAGCUCAUCCGAAAUGUCUUUGAGGAGCCACGAGACGAAGACCAACGAUUGUCUUUGCUUCAAUACCUGGUUUUCAAUAAGGGCGAAGACGUGACCAACAGGCAGCUCCGUGACGAUUUGAUGACUUUACUCAUUGCUGGCCAUGAGACCACGGCGGCGAUGCUGACUUGGACUCUCCACGAGCUGAUGAAGCCCGAAAACCGCAUCUUCCUGGACGAACUCCAUGACGAGGUGGAUUCCCUUGAUGGUCGCAAUCCAACGUUCGAGGAAUUGGUGCAGCUGCCAGCCUUGCGAGCCUGCCUUCUUGAAGCUUUGAGGCUCUAUCCGGAGCCUCCCUUGCUGAUUCGACGCUGCGUGGGUGGAGAUGAUGUGCCUGUGGGUCCACUUUGCAAAGAUGUGGAAGGGGACACCGUGAGCUUCCUUCCUGGCCAGGACAUUUUCAUUUCAACCUGGUCGCUGCAGCGCUCACAGACACUGUGGGGUGAGGAUGCAAGCCGCUUCAAUCCACAUCGGUGGAAGGAGAGCAUCCCUGGCAAGGGAGGUUGGCUCGGGUACAAUCCUGACAAGGUGGCCAGUUACCAGGAUGAAAGGGCCUCCGACUAUGCUUUCCUUCCCUUCGGUGCGGGGCAGCGAAAAUGUGUGGGCGAUCAAUUCGCGUUGCUGGAGGCAGAGGCGGUCUUGGUGGCCCUGCUGCAGCGCUUUGAGUUCAAGGCAGCUGAACAUCGCGGAGAGGUGGAGAUCACCACUGGUGCCACAAUCCAUACUGCAGGUGGGCUCUUUGCAGAGAUCUCACAUCGAACGGACAAGCGUGCUCGCAAGAAUGGCAAAGGUCGGAAGCCUGUGAGUACCAAGGGAUUCGCCAGUAUGGAGAAACGACUCACAGGCAGUGUGGCACAACGAAUACAGCCAGAAGCAUUGGUCGUGCCAACCGCUCGCGAGUUGCGAAUGCUUUUCACUGCCCAGAAGGAGGAUGUUCGGAAGCUGGCAGACGCGCCUGAACUCUAUGACGCUUUGGAAAAGGCAUACAAACAAUGUCAGGAAGUCACCAAAGAGUAUUCCAAAACGUUCUACUUGGGUUCGCAGCUGUUGGACAAGGAUGAGCAGCGAGUUGUUUGGGCCAUCUAUGAUUGGUGCAGAAGCACAGAUGAACUGGUGGAUGGGCCAGAGGCUGCCAACACCACCAUGGAUGACUUGGAAGUCUGGGAAGAACGGCUGAACAAGAUUUUCCAGUUGGAGGCCCUUGAGGUGACAGACCCAUCUGAUUUGGCCAUGCGGGACAGCGUAAAGAAGUUUUCUCUGAUUCAAAGGCCUUUCCAAGACAUGAUUGGUGGUAUGGCUAUGGACCUUGUGAAGGACAGAUAUGAAACCUUCUACGAACUCGAGGUCUACUGCUAUCGGGUUGCUGGCACAGUGGGCAUCAUGACACUGCCCGUCCUGGGUUUCGAUCCUAUGCAAAACUUCACGGAGGACUUGCAGGAGCAGACCAUUGCAGCCGCGAUGUCUUUGGGUGUCGCCUUCCAGCUCACGAAUAUCCUGCGAGAUAUCGGAGAGGAUGCCCAGCGAGGGCGUAUCUACGUGCCGCUGGAGGAUUUACGCCGCUUUGGCAUCACUGAGGAAGAGGUGUUGGAAGCUAGCAAGACGCAGAGCUCCCUCCACCAAGAGCAGAAGUGGAUUGAUUUUAUGGAGUUCCAGAUGGCCAGGUGCGAAAAGGAGUAUCAGAAAGCCAAAGCCGGUAUCGUCGGCCUGAGCGAAGUGAACCGCUUGGGCGUCAUGGCUGCGCUCUAUGUGUAUGGAGAUAUCCUGAACCGCAUACGGAAGAACAACUACGACAAUCUCAGCAGGCGGGCUUACGUGCCCUUUGUGGACAAAGUGCUUCUCAUGGGCAAGGCUUGGCUCAAGUGCCAGGAACUCAAAGAGGUCGCCAAGGAGAAUGUGAAGAGUGGUCGGUUCUUUACCAGAAAGAAGCACGAGUCGCACGAGUGA